AUGUAUCCUCGAUACGGAUCUGGAACUCUGCCGUGGGGACAAGCACCGCCCACAGCCGGUUUCGAACAACCACGGAUUGAUGACGGUUUGAUCGAAGUAAUCGGCCUAUCUGCAACGACCUUGGUUGGCGGUCACGGGGAUAGAAUUUGUCAAUGUCGCACAGUCACGUUGACCACAAAUAAAGUUAUCCCUAUGCAAAUGGACGGUGAACCGUGUCGUCUCAUGCCCGCCACACUGAACAUCCGUUGUUCGUAUCAAGCACUGGUUGUACAAAAGCAAGGUCAUCAGCCCACUCAAACAACCCGCGGCCCCGAUCGAUCAUUCCUGAUUUCCGGUGGUGAUCAGGCUCGAUUGCUGAUUUUUGUCAUUUCUUUGAACGACUACGAAGCCAUUCCAGACGAUGCGAUCGCACUCCGACAAGCCGCUCUGUUCUACGGUGCGGUCUCCGUACGAUUCAACGCCGAUUUGGGUGUGGUUCGGGCAGCAAUUGAGGUUUUCAACCGAUCCGUUCAGGCCGAUCAACCCGAACCACCUAACACAGAAUCAAGUAGUUUCGGAUGUGAUAGUGUCCCGUUUUGCUUGUCCAAAUCUUGGGCUUUCAUUGAUUCUACCACAGCUGCCACAAGAUUCUUCCGAAUAGACCAGAAAAAAGAAUCAUCACAUUUUAUCACGGAUAUAUGCAACAUGGAGGAACUUUUUUUGAUUGACCCAAGUCUACCCGCAAGGAUUUUGUUCGAGAAUGAAACCGAGACCAACGGUGACGGGGUUUCGAACGAGAGAACGUGUGAGUAUUCUUCGAUCAACUAUCAAAUCAAAACUAUCGAAAGCAAAACGGAAGAAUGCAGUUCAGUUAGUGCACAUGAGGCACCUAUUAUGGGUAGUUCAUCUGGUGUUCCAUUGGUGCGGUCUGAAUUGCCGAAAAGUGAGCAUCUUAUUGAACACGAUGAACGUGCUUAUGAUUCGGAAGAUCAACCUAACCCGGUUCCACCCGGUGAAACGGAGUCCCGAACGAUGAAUAUGGAUCAAAGACCCGAUACACUCUCGGAAACAAGCACAGAUCAGGUGUCAGCACCAACCAAGCAUUCAAAUGGGCUCUCGAAAUCUUCUGAAGAUAACGAGAAGGGUUCGGCUGACGAGGUGACAGAUCGUUCAAAAGAGCGUGUCUCGAAAUGGCUUCAGUUAAACGGAUCACGAUGGAGAAGCAUAUCCAGUUCGGCGAGUGAACGCACAUCCGAAAACCAACAGCUCGCAUCCAGCGAUGAACAAACAGAAACGUUUGAGAAAAGUCGAUCAAUAAUGCAUCGUCCAUAUUGGGUAAAGCAAGUGAAUAAAGAAGACUCGCUACAAGCCCGACUAGACAAAGCUCUUCUGCAUGCUUCUCGCAAGGGCUUGGUCAACCAGAUCGAUGCAUUACUGGAGGCCGGGGCAAAUAUUUUGGCUGUUGACGAACGAGGUCGAUCCUGUUUACAUUUGGCUACAAAGUUUGGAUAUGAAAAAGCUGUGCGCACGUUAUUAAAAUAUGCUUCUCCCGAAUUACUCGAACUACGAGAGUACGAAAAGAAACAGACAGCUUUGCAUAAAGCUGCAGUUUAUCGUCGCCGGAAUAUCUGUCAACUAUUGCUCAAGGCCGGUGCUUGUCCCACCGCUCGUGAUGCUCACGGAAAACGACCAAGACGAUUGGCUUAUGAUGUGGAUGACUACUCCCUGGCACAUUACUUGCAACAUUCAUUGUUCGAAUUGGAACAUGGGCUACCCGUUGCAUUCAUCCACACUCCCGUCCCUCCCCCGUAUCCAUUGUUCUCCUCGCAUUAA